GCUUUCGUCAGGGCAAUUAAUGAGGUGGACAUCCGCUAAGCAUGUCGAAUUGUCCCCAAACUCUCAUCAAAAUAGCCAACUUGUUAGGAUAUAUCCUUUAUCGCAAACACGAAUGUCGGCUGUUGCUUUAGAAGCAUUGCAACCGCCAAUAUGCCGGCAUUCCAAGCAAUCAACCUCGAGCCAGAGGAUAAUAUCGAUGAACAAAUCGAUACCACAAAAGAGAUUCAUGUCGACGAAGCUCUAAAAAGGUUCCAGAAUGCCUUAAAACUCCAUGCACAAGGACCCCGAUCGCGCGAAGCUGCCGAAACCGCAUACAACGAGCUAUUCGAAUCCGAGAUCUUCAAAUACCGAGAAGCCAAAACUGACUACGAACGAGCAGAGCGACAUGCAGACGGUCAACCAGAUGUGUCCAACUUGGACCAUUCCCUCACAGAUGGAGGAUUAGAUGUCGAUGCCGGAGGGGCAGAUGGUGUCGCAGCUAGUCUUGCUCAAGCGCUCUACUUAUCCUACAAAAACUACGGCCAGUUCUUUGUCGACAAGUACAAGGACGAAUCUACCUCAAAUCCGGCAUUCAAGGAAAAGACCCGACUGAAAUAUCAUGACGACCAUGGAAACAAAGUUUUGGAUAGCUGGAUGACUGCUUUGGACCAGGACCCAUCCGAUCCAGAGCUCUGGAGAAGGGCUGCUCGAUUCGCAGGCGCCAUGAAUAGCCACCGUAUCAAGCGGUAUUGUCUUGAGGCUGCGAUUGAGUUGGAUGACGACCCGGCUGUUGUGGAAGUUGAGCCUCCCUCUUUAGCAGAAGGCAUGGCAGGUGAGCAGUUGAAAGACCAACUGCAGCUUCUUGGCGAUGAGAUGGCUCUAUCGCAUCCAAUAAUGGCUCCCUGGCUUAAGAAGAAAAUGCCUGCUCUUCUCAAGCGUCACCUUGAUCCCAUCCCCUUUCUACCAGACCCGACUAGGUCAUUAAUACCACCCAAAGACCCCGUUACUCAGGAUCAGACUGUGGAAGACACAGAAAUGAGAGAAGCCGAGGAUGCAAGCCGCAGCGGCCCCAAGACAGUGUCCUCCUGGGCAAGUCUUGGUGAUGAACUCAUAAAUUGUCUUACAAAUUCCACCGAGGUAUUUGACAUAUUUGAUGAAAUCGUACAGAGCAGCGUGGACGAGGUUGUCGUAGAAACACCCUCGAACGAUUCUGAAAGCAUCAGUUCAGAGAUUCAAGUUGCGAUAGGAAGGCCGAUCCAGCCAGCGGAACCAUCCGAGAAGAGUAGCCCCGAAGCAGAGUCCAAGGAUCAAAAGGCUGCAUCUGAGGCCACCGAAGACAGCCAAAAGGCUGGUGACCAAACCAAAAAAGAAGCCAACGGAGUAUCAACAAGAAAACGAUCGCAAUCUGCAGCGGGACUGCCAGACGGCGCGGAAGAAGAGAAUGCGACCGAGAAACGCAGUAAACGAGUUCGACGAAGAGAAACACUACAAGCUGAGGAAUCAACUGAUCCCAGCACAUUAAUCGCUAAUCAAUUGCAGCCUUACCAAGGCGCUGACCAAAACCUAUUCCAAAUGACCAAGAGCGUUCUGGAAAAUCUGGGCGUGGACGACAAGUCGACCUUCGAUUUCAUCACUGAACUCAUCGAUUCAUGCGCUGUUGAAGACCGACCAGGAAAGAUUACGAAUCUGGCCGCAGGAGAUCUGAGCAGUGCCAUUGUUGACUUUCGCGAGGAGGUCGCCAAGGUGUUCUUGCACAAGAAUGAACAAGCCCCUCUCGGCCCAUCAUCUUUCUUGGAGCAUGCGAAGACAAGUUCGCAAGACCAGAACUCAACGCCGACUUUCAAUGAGACACAGGGCUUAAGGGCGUUUGCUACAAAGGUCGGAGAAUCUCGAUCGUGGAUGACCGUUGAAGAUGUCGCAUAUGAAUGGGUCAGAGCUGUUAGCCAGAGCUAUGCAACAACCAAGUGGUCCGACAAGAUGAAGCUAUCUGUAGUCCAGAUGCUCAAUCAUUCGGAUUCAGCUUUGCAUCAAAGAAUCACUGAAAAAAUGGAGUUGGCUACUGGUUCACUCGAGAAGCUGGCCGAGCUCGAAACCAUCGUCCCUAUGAUCUAUGAACUUCAUAUCGACAUAUACGAACUCAUCACCAAUCCCAGUAGCGUUGUGGAUUAUGCAACUCGUAUGAAGACCAAAUACCGCCUCGGACGGUGGCUUGAUGUUGCUUCUGCUUACAUCCAAGCACUUGACCGCCCUUCAAAUGAUGAACUUUCAGCACGUUUCUUAUGGACCUCAGUUCUUGUGUCUUCACAUUCUGAGCAGCCCGUGCGCGAACACAUUCUUCUCAUGUGGACAUCUCUACGGGAUCACCUGGCAGAUGAGAAGAUCCCAACCAUUUCACUGCCAAACAACGUGGUCAUGCCAACGAUCUCCCCAGAAGCCGCUGAUCGCGAAAUCUCCAAGCUCACUACAAUGGACUUUUUCCUCGGAUUGUUUCAGGAUAACAUGGAGGAUCCAGUAUCUGUCAUUGAGACGCUAGAGCCCGUUCUCAACCCUUCUUCAGUCUGCGCCCCCCCCCGGGAGUCAGACUCCGAGAGUCCGGGUACUGAAGCUGAUGAUGCAAGCUCAAGCGACAAGCAAAAGAAGUCACUUUCGGACUGUGCAAGUCAGAGCCUGCAAGAUCUAUGGAAAUUUCUUCAUAACAGUAGCACAGAGCUUAGGUUGUUUCUGUGGUCACGUUUAGGAGCCGCUUACGAUGCUAUCGGUUAUCCCACCAAGAAAUUCUCUUGUUGCCUAAAGAGCAUUGAGUUGAUCGUAUCAGAUCUGGAAGGCGAAACAUAUGCCAACACUCCGGCCGACUCCAGGAAGUUGCUCUUGAUGCGCACUCUGAAAUCGCUGGAUGAGCUCCUCAUUAGUGCGCUGUACUCUGCGCUCAAUGAUAACACCGCUUUCGAAAUUAUUGACGACGCUCACAUCAAAUCUACUACUGCCGCGCUCGCCAAGGUCAACUGUUUACUGCACGUGUCGAGCCUCUGCGAAGACGAGGUUCGUAUUGGCCUCAAGACAGAACGUCCUGGCAAUGCUGCUUCGAAAGCAGCCCUCCAAUCACUCAAGAACAAGUUGAAGGAAAUGCAGAUUCGUGCAUGGUGCCUCCAAUACACCAUGUUCAAGGCUGGAAUCAAUGAGGACAAUUGCAUAAUCGGGUUCGAAAAGGACCUGGCCGACUUCCUCGCCGCCAUCCACCAGGUUAUUGGCAUUCGCAAGUUCUGCAAAGCUUCCAACAAGAUCUUCCUCAAGGUUAUGCGUGUCGAACUUCUCAAGCUCAAGAACAUUGAGAACUGGGAAGACUAUCUUGGACAAGUGCUCUACGAUUUACAUGGCCUCAAACUUGGGGCAGGCGUUUGGGAAGUCCAGGAUCAUGCCUGUCCUCCCGAGAAGCUUGAGAAGCGACAGACCAUGCAACUCGUGGAGAGGGUUACUAUUCUCGCGAAUCGCAUGCCCAUGAAAGAUCUCCUCAAGUCAGAUCUCAAGACAACAAUUGAUCACAUGCAGCAGACUCUUGGCCAAGCAAAGUCAACGUCUCAGAUGUAUCACAAUCUCCGCAACUUUACCGAAUACUUGAAGAGGCCUAUACACCCACUGCGUCUGUACAGAGCCCUUACUGGGGAAGUUUCAGUCGACGCUGUGUCUGUUAACACGCCGGAGACCAUCCUCGCGACUCAUGGCUGGUUCUUUUUGCUCGGCAUGAUGGCUCUCACUAAGUUCAAGGGUGUCGACUUGAAUCGUAGACAGACUCCUGGCGCAACCGACGAUUUGCGUAUAGGUGCGACUUUCUUGCGACUCCAACUUCAGUUCACUGCAGACAGAUGGGAUGCCUGGUUCCGGUUGGCAGAAUGCUUUGACUACGAACUGGAUGAGUCGGUUCUUUGGACUGCUGACAAGAUGAACAAGGACCGACCUGAGCUGGUCAAGUUCCAGCGAAAUGCUAUCCAUUGCUAUACCCUCGCGCUUUCACACUCCCGUAACGUGGAAGUUGAAACGCACGAUGGGGACCCUUUGCAUGACUUGUAUCACAAAUUUGCUAUGCGAAUGUAUGCCUCGAGCCGUGAGCCAUUCGCUAUGGAACCGUUCCAUCACUCUGAUCAAGAAAGGUACUUUAUCGAGGAUAUGGGAGCUGGAACCUUCAAGAAGAUUUUGCACCCGCAAAUGAAUGAGUACAAAGUCUGGAAAUUUGCAGCCAAGCUGUUCAGGAUGGCAAUGCAACGAAAGCCAACCGAUUGGAAGAACCCGUACAUGCUCUCCAAGUGCUACUGGAAGAUGUACCAGACCUCUGAUGACCAACUCGACGUCAAGGACAUGAAGUCCAAGAUCAGCAUUGAACUACUGAUCCAUACACUUAAGAAAGCAGUCAAGGUAGCGCACAAUGCUCGACGGGGUAGGAACAGCGAUCCUAUCCUCGAGCCACAUUACAAGAUAGUUUCCAUCUUACACAAGCUGGUGAUUCGAGGAGACUUACCAUCUAAAGACGCUGCUGCGAUCUUAGCUGAGCAGCCAUUUGGUCUAGCUGUCAACCCUGAUGACCACUUUGCUUCCUUCACAGAGCCUGAAGAUUGGGAGGAGUAUAUUAUUCGCAAUCUCACCAAGCUCAGAGACAAGGAUAAGUCUAACUGGCAGCAUCGCAUCAUCAUCAGGCACGCUAGAAUCCUGUUCGAUGAGGCCAAUGAGGCGCAGGGCAGCGAUAGAUUGGUGGAAGCAAAGGCUGCUUUCGGUAUUCUUCGGGACAGCAUGGUCACUAAAACGAUGGUUAUGAACGUCUGGAAGUGCGAUGCGGAGCGACCCGGUCGACAUCACGUUUACACAGAGCAAUACGUCCGUUUCAUGACCAAGCUAUUGGUCAUUAUGUCAGAUCGCAAUAAUCUGGAGCAGCUUCUGAGACGUCUUCGAAAGAAGGGUGCAGACUAUUACCACUUCACCGAUUUAUGGCAGUCUUGCUGCAUGGCUUACCUCAAGCUCUUACGAGAAGGUUACCAUGUGUCACCAGUCUCAGACGACGUGUUCAAGUCUCUUUCCAGCGAGGAGUUCGAGGUUAUUGGAGAGAGGAUCGCAGACUGGGCCGCAAGCGACGGUGCUGACAUUCCAUUGUUCAAUUGCAUGAAGGAAACCAUCGAGCUGAAGAAACUCAAUGCUAAUCUUAUGAAAGUGGCACCCAUUGAUGAUCUACUGAACGAUUGUUACUCCAGGAUCUACUCUGAGAUAGCCAAGACACUGCCUGGCCCAGACCCUAGCAAGGUCGUGGAGGAGCGACACCAUGCUAAAGAAGUUGCGGCCCAGCUCGAAGCAGCGCAAGCAGAGGCAAAAGCCACCAGCUCGCUCGCAAAUAUUCUCAAUGCGCCCAAUGGACAGGAGAGCAUCACAGGCACAGCAACUCCCAUGGAGACAGAGAAGCAUGAGGCUGCACCACGGGCACGAAAGCUUGGCGUCAGACGACCCGAUGUCUUGCGCAAAGCUGAGCAAGCAGUCGUCCGAGCUCUGGAGGCGCCCAAGUCAAGCAAGAGCAGAGUUGGCAGUGUCUCGAGCGGUAAGCGUGGUAGCCACACGCCUAUUCAGCAUGCAAGCGAUGCGGGCAGCGAUGAGGAAGCUGAUGCUCAGAUUCGACGAGAAGCUGGACACGACGUUGAUGUUGAUAUGAAGGAUGCUGGAGAUGAGCAUGAAGAAGAACACGAAGAGGAUCACGAAGACCAUGAGGAAGAGCACGACGAGGACCAUGAAGAUGGCGUGGAUGAUGACAACGGCGAAGAGCACGCCGAGGAUAAGGCUGAGAGCGAGCCAGGCAGUAUUCACGAUUCAGCCGAUGAUGAGAGUGACCUCAGCGAUGUCCCUGAGGACUACGAUGAGGAAGUGCCUCCUGGGCUUAUCUUCCCAAACCUCAGACAACAUACCGACGAGUCCAGCGGCGAAGACGCUGAUAGUGAAAGUGAGGGAGACGACGAAGCUGAAGAGAGCGAUGGCGAAGAAGAGGCCGAGGAAGAAGAGGAACACGACGAGAGUCGUGAGGACGGCGAAGAAACUCUGGGUAACGAGGAUACAGAGUUGGCGGAUGGUGAAGAGGAAGAAGAUGAGGUUGACGGCGAUGAACGACGAGAGAAUUGGGACGCAGACGAUUCCGUGAGGGCUGAAGCGUGGUGAUUAUGUUUUUUCUACGGCGAAUUGGCGUCUCAAGGCAGUUUUACUGGGUAUCACUAUAGGUAGAGGCUGGGAUUGGGAUAACUAUCUGCUGUAUCAUUAUUACACUUAGAAUUACCAAAGAAACGAUUCGUCACUGGCAAGAAGAUGGCCUCAAAAGAAUGCCGUUACACACUUUUAACCUUUAUAACACAAGGCUGGCACUCCACGAGUUUAUGAAUACAAUAUAAUUCCUAGGGUUAUACCACACG